AUGGAAUCUGGCUUCACUUCCAAGGACUUUUAUGUAAAAUAUUUUAACCCUCUGGAUUAUCUAGAAAAAUACUGCAAUUUUGGGUCCAGAAACUCUUCUGAAAACCAGAUUCUUAGGCAAAUUGUCACAUAUCUUUUCAAGGUGUUCUGCCCAGGCGGGGUGGAAGGCGACCUCCUGGUCGACAUUGGCUCUGGCUCCACUGUCUACCAGCUCCUUUCUGCGUGUGACUCCUUCAAAGAGAUUGUCACCACUGACUACCUGGACCAGAACCUGUGAGAGCUGGAGAAGUGGCUGAAGAAGGAGCCAGGGGCCUUCGACUGGUCCCCCGUGGUGACCUAUGUGUGUGGUCUUGAAGGGAACAGAGUCAAGGGGCCAGAGAAGGAGGAGAAGCUGAGGCAGGCAGUCACGCGGGUGAUCAGGUGUGACGUGACGCAGAGCCAGCCUCUGGGCGGGGUCUCGUGCCCCCCCGCUGACUGCCUGCUCUGCACCCUGUGCCUGCACGCGGCCUGCCGGGACCUCCCUGUCUACCGCGCUGCCUACAGGAAUCUCGGCAGCCUGCUCAGGCCGGGGGGCUUCCUGGUGCUCGUAGAUGCGCUGAAGAGCAGCUACUGCACGGUUUCCGAGCAGCGGUUGUUCCCCAGCCUCUCCCUGGGCCCGGAGGCAGUAGAGGCUGCGGUGAAAGAGGCCAGCUAUAGCAUCAAGCAGUUUGAGGUGAUCUCGGAAGGCUACGCCUCCACCACUUCUGACAACGAAGGGCUUUUCUUUUUGGUGGGGCGGAAGCUGGACAGAUCUGUUCAACAUCGUGUGACCUCAGUUAAAUAAAGCAAUGUCUUGG